GCCAGACUGUCCAAAAGUUCGUCACAAACAGGCCCUAUUGCUGCCCAGCACUUCACCUGCCAGUGCAUGAUAAUUUCACCGCCCGACUUUCUCACCAUCGUGUUAGCAACAACAUGGCCUGUUCUCUGUCUUAUCUUGGAGUAAUCAAAAGUUGCAGAUCAUUACGAUAUGCUAUGCUGAACCUGAUGAUAUUUUUCAUGUUGACGAGACAAUGGCAGCCUAUCAGGUGCCUACCUGGACCGGCCUGCCUACACGCAGGAUUCACUGCCACGCCGGUUCAUCUUGGCAUAUCAGCCUCAAUGCUCAAGUGCUGGUCCGUCUGACCCUCACCCCCGCGCCGCCUUCUACCCCGUGGGUGAUGAGUCCUGCCUCCAUCUACGACAGACCCAUCCUCGAAUCCUUAAAAGCAUCAAUCCCAGCGCUGUCAUCUAGGCCCACCGGUGAGCGAGGACGUCGCCUUAAGCUCGCAUACACUUUGCAUCACGCCAGCGGGGUUUAGCAUCUAAGUACCAUGGAUCAAGAGCUCUGGGAGCAGUUGGGCCUCGAUGAGCUCUCUGGGGGCACAGAGUCUGGCGGGUACACAGUUGACGACUCUUCCCAUCAUCUCAGCGCUGAUAACUCAGCUGGAGAGUCGUCGUCAUCCGCGGCCUUCUCAAACUCGCCACAACAAUCCGUCGCCCGGCGGGGGCCUAUCCCAAUAGCGCCAUUGGGACCUGUCACUAGGCCAGCGAAGAAGAAUAAGCUUGAGAGAAGGGGGCACUUCAAGUCUCGCAAUGGCUGCUUCAAUUGCAAGAAGAGGCGCAUCAAGUGCCAGGAAACUCAUCCUGCAUGUGGCCAUUGCAUUAAAGGCAAAUUGAAGUGCGAAUACCCAGCCGUGCCGCAGAUAGUACACCAGCCAAGAGAUCAGCUACCACUUUUCAGCAUGCAGGACAUGCGCUUCUUCCAGCAUUUCCUUCAAUACUCGUUUCCCCACCACCCCCUCGGCAACGACAAAAUUUGGACACACGAAGUCCCUUGCUUGUCCUAUAGCCAUGAGUUUCUGAUGCAUAGCAUAUUGGGCCUCGCUGCCUCGGAGCUGAUCGCAACCGACCCGUCACUCGCCGAGGCAGCCUUGGUCCACCGCUUCAAGUCCAUACAGGCUAUCAAGCGCAAGCUGGCCGCAAGUGACACUAGCAUCACAUACGCCGAGGGCAAUGCCUUGAUCGCAACCUGUUUUGCUCUCACAUUCCAGAGUGUCAUCUUGGAAGACGGCAUGGCCGAGUAUAUGGCUUUUAUUAGAGGCAUCAUCGUUGUAGUCAUACAGAUGUACAAGUCCCGCGUCGACUUUAUGUUCAAGCACCUUUUCGAGCAGAACAAGAACAACGCCGAGAUCCUGAAGCCUCAUAUAGACAAGGUGACGUUUCCGGACGGGAUGUGGCAAUGGAAGGCAGGGGCGCUGGCGUCCCUGGCUGGGAUAAGGAGCUUAUGUGACGGGGAUGACCUGAAGAUGAAGUAUCUGCAGAUGACUGAGGACAUGGCCAACGGGCUGGAUGAGGAGUCGCCUUUCAAAGCAUACUUGGCCAUGGGCAAUCACUACACUUGGUGGGUAAUGCUGCCACAAGAUCAAUUCGCCCGGAUAGUAGAUCCCAGUGAUCAGGUCUUCAUACUGUUGGCUGCGAACUGGAUUGCCAUCAAGCAGAUCAUGGCUGUGAUCACCGAGGUGGAAAAGGAAUGGACAAAGAAAGAGAAUGACAAGGACAAUGUCGAGGAGGGCAUGGGCCGGUGGCUGAGGUACCUGAACAGGCAGGUCGAGCCGGAGCUCAUCCACUACAACCAGUGGCCCAUGUGGGUUCAAGGGCAGCUCGAGAUGGACCCGUGCUUCUUUGGGAAGGCGACCAGGGCCGGGAAGAAGAUAGAGCGCUCCUGCGUUGGUGGUUAUGCCAAGCUCAUCCAGUGAUGUUGCUGUUCGGGCGGACAGACCCCGCGUGCUCAUCUGACAGUGUUGGCGCCUUGGUGUGUUUUCAUCAACGCCUUGCCUGUAUCUCUUUCGGUUUUUCGUCUCAACAUGGGAAUCUACUCGGUCAAGGCGCACGUGUCUGGUGUUCAUGGUUAUGUAAAUGGAAGGUCGGAGAAUAGCCCCGUGAAUCUUAUUCCAGCGUUGGCUUAUUCAAUGCCCUAGUUAGCCGAACUUUUAUUGACUAAUCUCUUG